AUGGAUCCUGCCGCUUUACUCACUCCUCGCGCCACUGCCGAGCCCGCAACGGGGCGGCCAACGAAUCCCGAUGGUCUGGUCCUCGAGGCCUGGGCCCAGGGCUUCAUGGUCGGCGGUCUGGUCAUCAUGACUUGCAUCACCAUCGCCAACAUGCGCCGUGGUGUAUUCCUCCACAAGCUCAUUCUCAUCGAGCUUAUCAUGGGAAUGUUCCACGGCACCUUUAUCUUCGCCCACGAGCCCUACUACGGCUGGUACCUCUCGUCCACUGCAGUGUUUCUGAACGCUUCCUGGUGCCUGCACAAUGUCAUCGCCUGGCUAAAGAACAAGCCGUUUCUGUCCCGCAAGGUCUCCAUUUUCUACAUCACCACCGUCGUUCUGGGCUUUGGUUAUUGGGUCCUCGAGAUUUACGCCAACUUUGCCUUUUUCAACAACAUCAACAAGAUUUUCCUCAAGACCCGACCCUGGGAAGCCUUGUUCCGCGACCCAUGGUGGAUCUUCACAACGAUUAACCUGAUCUACAAUAUCCACACGCGUUACGACCUGUCCGUCUGGCACAUUGUGCGCAUCUCGCCCCGCUUUGGCGUGCUCCUCGGCUCCAUGCUCGUUUCCUUCAUCUUUAUCAUCAUCGACAUCCUCGCCGUCACCCGCGUCUUCAACGCACACGCCCUGCCUGACGGUAUUAACCCCUUUUGGAAGCUCGCUUUCGUCUUCAAGUGCCUGACCGACACCAUCGUCCUCGACGACUUCAAGACUGCGCUCGAUCGCCUCAGCAAGGCGAGAAAGAGGCAGCUGAGCACCACCCCCGGCGCCCUAGAGGACGGAAAUCUGGAUGGAAUGUGGAAGGGCUCCGGUGACAGUCCGAUGAAAGAAGCCAAGGUCCGGAGGAUGAGCCCGUCAACUCAACGCGUUGAAGACAUCAACUUCGCGGAUAGAGAUGAGGAGCAAGAUGUUGUUGUGCCCUUGAGCUUGGAAGACGCCCAGAAAUUGCCCAGAAGAUUGGAAAGUGGACAUUCAGAAAGGCGGCUACUCUGA